AUGCCAGCGAUAAUAAUAAUUGUUGGGGUCGCGACGAUGUUCGUUUUCGUGGUUUGUUUACCGCCAUCACAUCACUAUAUCGGUAAGUCUUUAAUUAUUUAUUUAUUCGUUUUUCGUCCUUAUAUCCACGGGGGGGGAGGGGGGUUGGAGGGGCUAAUAAAAUCUACAUGUCAUAUGCGUUAAAAUGUGUUUUUAAUCUAAGUUACAAUUUUUAUGAUUCAGUAUAAGUCUUAUAUAUUUGUAUAGUACCUACAUUCUAAGGGGGGGGGACCUAAGCCCCGUAGCUCCACCCUGUAUACAUCCCCAUUAUCAGCUUUUGAUCAUUAACAUAACCUGUUUUCUGCGAUUUCGUAGUUUUCGGUAAAUUUAACUACUGAACUUACUACCUACUUAAAAUAAUUCCUAUUUUUUUAUUAAACCGAAUCGGAGACGAAUAUCACGUGUAUCGAUAAUAUUAUUAUAAUGUAAUACAAAACUGUACCGUCACCGCAAAAAAAUUAUAACGAUACUUACAAUAUACGAUCCUUGUAUAUGUACAGUUCGUGUUAAACAAAAUACAAUUUUCGUUUAUAUUGUGACUUUGGGAAUGCUUUUUCGAAUCCUUUACGUUUCUGUAAUUUAGGCAAUUUUGAAUAAUGUCCAACACAUACACUCGCACACACGCACGCAAACACAUAUUUUGGCUAAUGUUAAAAAUAGUCAAUACAUGCCGACGGGUCAUGUUAUUGAUCUGGCGAACGGUGUGUGUGUGCGUGAUGUUGCGUGAAUUGAACGCUUUAUCUCCCGUCCGUGAGAUAAUAAUAAUAAUAACGACAAUAUAAAUCAAAAAUGAUACUGUUCGGUCGAGAAUUUAAUAAUCAAAAUGAUAUUAUUUUGUUCUUCUUGCAUACAGACUAUAGUAUUUUUUUUUUUAAUUUUCGGUUAUUCUGUUAUUGAACCUAUUAUACAUUUGUGGACCGGGAUUGAAUAAAAACGACUUGUCUAACACAAAUUUCUGAUAUUAUUUUCUAGAAACAAUACAACUCUCUCGGUAAUUUGAUACUUCGUUUUUAAAAUUUACCAACACCUAUUAUCUGUAGCUGUUGUGACGAACGGCAAAUUAUUAUACUCGCGUAACAGGUAUUGAAGAAACAGUUGAACAAAUACGGAGGAAAAAAAUUAUUUCAAAAAUAUAUUAUUCACAAUAAUAAUAAAAAUCAAUGCGUUUCUCGUUGUAAAUUUAGCGAAUCACGCCAAUAUAAUAUUAGGAAAUUACAUCUUAAUCAUUGUUCAUCUUAUAAAUUACCUGCAGUACAAAAUAAUUUAAGGUUUCAGUCGGGGGAAUAAUAAUAAUAAACCGUAAAACAAACUAGAACAGAAAAAAAAAAUCAAACAUAUAUAUAUAUAUAUAUAAACAUAUAAAUUUAACCUGUGUUUAUUAUGACGUAAAUUAUUAUUUUCAUAAUGUUAUAUAUUAUAAAUUUAUGUAUUUUUUUUUCGCGUUUUUUUUUAUUAUUAUUAUUUUUUUAAAUAUAAUACAUUAUGUGGGGGGAUAAUGUUUUAUAAUUUUGUUGUUUUUAAAACGCGUAUUAUAUUUUUGUUUAGAAAAUAACGUAAUAAUAACAUUAUGUUAUUUACAGUACGGAUAUUGUACGUUCUUAAAUUAUAUUAUGCGUAUAUAGGUGUAAGUACCUAUCCGAACAAAUAUUGUUAUAACGUUAAAGUUUGGAACCGCGAUUAGUUUGGACUUUUAACGAAACGAAUAACGACGAAAACACAUUUUUUAAAUACGUCUAUUUAUUAUUACCGUAGUAGGUUUACGCUACGUUUGAAUUGUCGCUGUACUUAUAUAGAUACCUACUCUAGAUACCUGUAUUAUACAGACACGCCACUGUAUUUUUGUUUUGCCGAGAGACCUUUGAUAAUUUAUACAUCUUGUACAGAUUAUACUUACAAGUUAAAACAGACGACAUGGUUUGUAACCUACUUACUUAAAUCAACAAAGCCUUUGGAUAACGCGUCAAUGCGUAACAUAAUAAUUGUCAUUACAUAUCUCGGCAGUACUUAGUAAUAGUAUGAUUGCGUAUAAAUGACUCUAAAUAGAUAUUCAAAUAAUGGGGAAAAAAUAUAUUUUAGUUAUAGAUGAACACAUAACAUUUAUUAAUAAAAAAUAUCCACACGGUCAAGAUUACAUAUACAUAUACAUAUUUAGUCAUUGCCGGAAAAUGUUGAAAAUAUACAUUAAAGAUUUCUGGAUAAAUUUAAUUUUGAAAAUCUAAAUUCCAGCAAAUUUUAAAAUGGAUUUUAAACGUCCGAAAUCCAAUCUCCGAAACGUGUAGAUAGUUGUGAACAAAUUAAGUGAUACGAUACGAAGAAGAAUUAUCAACAAACGAUACAUCAAUUAUAAUUCAUAAAUAUUAGGUAAUUAGCAAAGAAUAAACGAAUAUUAAUUAUAAAAAUAAACGAUUAAUUAUCUUUUAUAAAUGAUAUAGGUACUUUCAUAAUAAUUAUAUAAUAUAGUUUUAUGAAUUAUUAUGUAGUAGGUACUAGGUACCUAUAGUAAAUUACAUUCAAACGUCUUUUCGAAUUAUAGGUUGUCGUCAUUGAAGCAUGGCGGACAAGCAUUUAUUUUCAACGAAGAAGUAAUUUGUGUAAUUGAUUACUAUAGAUUAAGACGUGUUAUCCAUAUUGAUUUGAACUACAACACUAUCUGUCUACAACCGUGAUCUCAAUAUAAAACUGUUUUUAAAAUAAUCCACUAAAAGUGGAUUUUGAAAAUCCAAUGAUUUGAAACGGUUUUAAAUUUAAAGAUGGUGUAGAAACGACACGUUAAAUUAUAACGACCGUUACGUCUUUUGAUUUUUUAGUCGUAUGCUGAUAUAAUUCGGAUUCUACUCGGUUGUUUUUGAUUAAUUAACUAUUGAAAAUAUAAUAAUUAUAUAUUUUACAUAAUGUUUAAAAUAAUAUUUUGUGUCCACGCUGUUUUUUUUUUUUUUUUGUUUAGAAAAAUAGCCAUAUUGACAAUAUUUUGACACGUAUUGCCUUAUUAAUUCACGCGUUUCCGUUUUGUGCGUUGGCUUGGUAUUGUAUUUAUAUGAAUAUUAUGUGAAUAUUCUAUGUAUAUUAAAAAAUAUUUGUCGGCAUUGUGUGUGUGUGUGUGUGUGCGCGCGAUACACUGGGCGUGAGAAAUUGCUUCGCUGUUGGAAAAAAAAAUCGUUCUCAACUCGUCAUAUUUACGUGUCACCAAAUAAUACACGAAUAAUAAUAAUAUAGUAUAAAUCGUAACUUUUUACUUUAGUUAUGGAAUUUGUCUGGCCGUUCGGAUUCUCGGAGUUUUAAACCCACGAUUUCUAUACAUUUAAUUAUUCUUUUAGUUAUCUGGAUAAAAUGGGAAAAAAAAAAAUGAAAAAUGAAAGAAUCUAAUACCGGGGUAGGAUACUAAAUAUUAUGAUAAAUAGGUACUGUUAAUAAAAAUAUGCAACGGCGUAUAAUACCUAUGCGGUCUGUGUACUAUGUUUACCGUUCGAAACUCGUAAUUUGAUAAAUUACGUACGGGUACAACAAUAACUGUAGUAUAGGCACUAAAAAUACGAUUUUCACAGUGAUAUGUAUUAUUUUAUAUGUACUUUAUGCUUCUAACUUUUAACAAUCAAAAUAUUAUUACAGUUCGAGGUUUUCGGGGAGUCGAGUUUGUAGAAAAAAAAAAAAAACCAUAACGGCUAGAAAAGAAAUGUGUUUGUUCCCUAACUAUUCUAUUACAGUGUAAAAAGUAAAGAUACACUGUACAGUAAUUAGACGUAAUCGUUUUCAUCGAGGCGGUAAUAGGUGUUAAAUUAUUAUUGUAUUAUAAGGUCAUCGUGCCUCAGUGUGUUAUUACCAGUAUGUGUAUUUUCCUCGAUGACAUACACGCACUGUAAAAAAAUAACUGCGCCUUCAACAUUUACGACAGAUGUAUAAUAGUGGUUUUUAUGGUUCGUAUAUAUUGUUAAUAUAUACUGUUUAUUGUAUCGUUCAGUUGUUAUAUACUCGCCCGUUAAUCGGGUCAGGGGUGAAAAACAACCCUAUAAUUGUUUAUUAUUGUUAAGUAUUUUUUGAAACAAUCGGCGAAGACUAUAUUUGACGGCGCAUGGGAAUGGGGGGAAAAAAGUAAUAAUUCUCUAUAUCCCCGGACUAUGGCUACUUUUCCAACGAACGUGUACACGCGAAAAAGCUAUCUCCCGUGUGGUAUAUGUAUAGACACUGUUAUUCCGGUUAAACGGCGCGAGUCGUCAAGGUUAUGUACUCGUAAUGACGCGCGGAGUACUCACAUAUUCUGUUUUGUCCGGGCAUAAUAUUAUCACCGUCGCAGGUAUAUUAUUAAAAAAAAUCAAUUAGACAACCGACCCUAUGAGCAAUUGGGAAGCCUGGCAGUCAUAAUAUACCAACAGGGUAAAUAGAUUAACCCGUGUGAUAUUUGUUUAUGUCAUUCGUGAUAAUUUUAUAAUGUGCAAAUUAUUUGAAAUUGUAAGUUCUAUCAAGUACCUUGAUUUUUAUAUCAUCAUUCGUCACAUAAUAUUCAUCGCGUAAACAUAUAUUUUAUCAAUAUAUAGUUUGCCCACUUGGUAAAUUACUGCCACACUCUGUUCCUUUUAUCAUAUUGUACAGUCGCCAGCCGGCAAUACAGGUUUUUUUUUAUAUAUAUCUAUAAGUAUAGUAGGUAGGUACUUCAAACAUUACAAAAUAAUACGUAAUCGUAAAUAGAAAAUUUAACAAUACUUUAAGUACUUUUACCUACUUUGUUUUCCUACAGAAUACUUAGGUAUAGGUACUGUUUUUCACAAUGACGCGCGACUACUCGUUUUUCUAGCCUCGACCUUCGCGAAAAAUCAUCAAUUAUCAAUCGUUUUCAUAAAGUAGAUUAGGUUUGAUACACAAUGACAAUGUAUGUAUUGUCCUUAAAAUUCCUAUUUCUUCUGAAAGUAUUACGCAAUAGAUUUUUCGAAUUUAAUGAAAUGUUAUUAAAUCUUAAAUGUAUACUGUGAAGCUUCUCCGCUAAGACGUAGGAUAGCGCAAAUAUAUUCGUGUUCUUAUGGUAAUAAUAUUAUACUUUAUAUUUGAUAACACGCCACUGCCCGCCACUAUCUUGUAAUCAAUAUUACACAUAAUCGUAGAUUAAUUAAUUUAUGUUUUAUAUUAAAAUUUAUCUUACUUCUAAUAAUUAUACUCAUUGCUGUAAUGUGCGGUAUCAACUUUGUUUUUCGUAUAUUUAUUACCUAUAUUAUUGUGAAAAAAAAAAAACAAACUUUCGCUUAGAAUUGAUUUUCACCAGUAUAAAAUAUGUAUCGUGUUACUAUUGAAAGUUGAUAUUUUAUUAAUUUAAUUUUUGACAUAUAUUGAAUCACGUUGACCAUUAUAAAAAUAUAAAACAAUUUUUUUAAUUUUGUGUUCAAUUACUUAUGAACGAGUUAACGAUGAAUAUCAUUUUACAAUCAUCAUAAUUAUUUUUAAAAUGUAUUAAUUUUAGUAAAACUGUUUGAAGACAAAAUAAACAUGUUAAUAUUAAUAAUAUUUAUAAUAAUGUUGAAGUUUAUAUUCAUUUCUUCAUUUCGGUAUAUUAAUUAUUAUUUAUCGAGCACCAUCCGAAACAAAAAAAAAAAAAAGUUAGAGAAUAAAUCUAACGCACAAUAUAUUAUAGUGCACGGUCUACGAUGUGCAAUAAUUAUAAUCAUAAAAUCCGAAACAUUUUCGAAACUGCAUUUUGAAUAACAAUUUAUUAUUUAAAAUAUCCGUUUUGAUUAUCGGUGAGUUCGAAAAUCAUCGAAAUUUUGGUACUAUACACAAUACUCCCUCAGUCGACUUGCUGCCAUUACAUGUUUUUAUUUUUAUAAUUGGUAUAUAAAAUCAGUUAAGGUUGCCAGAGUUCAAUCACAUAUUUAUAGUUAUUUUCCUUUUACGAGAAAAAAAAGGGAGUGUUUCCGGUUUGCUACCUCAUCCCACUUUCAGGUGUAAAUAUAAAACAUAUCCUAUAACUUUCCAACGAUAAAGAAUCGUAUAAAAGUUGUAUUGGGCAAAGUAGUUCUGGAGAUUUCAUACUAAAAGGUAGAGGUGGGGGGUUAGAAGUUGAAAUCUUCUAAAAACACGUUCCCGUCAACAAUGCUAUUACAUUAUAUACAUUUUAACCCCAUUGCUUACUUUUUUUAGUCCAUAGUUGUAUUCUCAAAACCCGAUAUUUCCUGCAUGUGAAACCAUGAAAUUUGAGUAUAAGUAUAGUUGGUGAGGGAAAUCAAAGUUGAAGCCGUUAUGUAGCACAUUAUUGAUAUUUACACUAUGCAUAUUCACCUGGUUUCAUUUAGGGGUGUACAUGCUAAAACCCACCAUUUUUUUUUCGUAAUAUGGUGAAAUUCAUGUUAAAAUUAAAUGUUAUCACUGCAAUCUACUAAUAAUAAAAAAACUUUAGCUCUUUAGUUUGAACUCUCCCCAGCUCAUAUGGUCCAUGUGGAGCCGAUAAAUGUGUUCUAAAGUAAUAGGAUAAAAAUAUUUACAGGAAGAUUCAUUAAGCGUACUCACCACAUGGUUAAAUUUUAAAUAUAUUCAAAUUUUAAAUUUUGGAAUUUUUAAGUGUAGUUUAAGGCCGAUAUUUUGGAAUACUUAGAUUUUUCACGAAAUUAAGGAGUACCCUGCAGCGAUACUAACUUUAGGAGAACCUAUAUUAAUAAUUUCAUAAAUAGAUGGAAUAUUAGUUCAAAUAAAUUUUGAUUUUAAAACUGUUCCGUCAAUUCGUCAAUCCGUUAAUGAGAUAUUCCUCUUUUAAGUUUAGGUAGAGGGAGACUUUACUUGAAAAUUCUAAAAAUCAGAAUUCGAAUACAUGCAAAACUCAAACGAAAUUCGGGUAAGCACGCUUAGUGAAUCACCCUUGAUAUCAGACAUAAUACAUAGCAGCAGUGCAAUAGUCUCUAUUUUUUAAAAAAAUUUACUAGCCCUUAAAUCACUCUACUGCAUCUUUGUUCGGUCAGAUUUAGAUUAUAACUAAUAAUAAUUUGGUCUCCCUACUCUACUGGUCCAAUUCAUUUUCUUGAGGCGAUUCACAAUGGCUUUUUAAGACCUUUAAGUAUUAGAUGUAAUAUUCAACGUCUGCCUUACACAUCAUAUAAAUCUUUAUCGUUAUGUUUAAAAAUUAACACUCUACCAGUUAGAAUGAUAAAACAGUAUGUCUGUUUUAUGUACAAAUUAUUGAAUGGCUAUAAUUAAUGUCCAAAUCUGUUAUUAAAAUUUACAUUUUCAGUUCCUGGUUAUACGACAAAGCCGGCUGACAAUUUUUAUCUGCCAUUCCAGUGUAUAUUAUAUAGUAAAAACUUUCCUUUAAUAUUAGAACCACGUAACAUGUGAAUAAUUUAAAUAUUGAUAUCUUUACUUGUAACUCUGUUGUAUCCUUUAAUUUAUAUUUUAGUAAUUUAAUCGCAUAAAUCAAUAUUUUACCUCUCGCAAUACUAUAUAUUUUAUAUUGUUUUUUUUAUGUUUUUCACAUACCUAUUGUAAAAAUUGGGUUCACAUAAUUAUUAAUUAUAAUAAAUAAAAUUCAAUAAAAAAGUUUAAAACUCGUCGUAAAACUUGUUCGUAAUAAUAUAUUUGACCGAUUUCGAUUUUGGGUGAUACAUCCCCACAGUCAAUAUUAUAGACAUAAGUUUAGAGAGACUACUCAAUGAAAUGUUGAUGCCAAUUUCAAUGUUCAAAGAAUAUUAUAUCACGAAAGUAGAAAAUUUGAUGAAUAUUUUCUCCUCUUUAUAAACUGUUUUAAUCGCAAAAUUUGUAUAGGCCAAACUGCUUGAGUAUAUCAAUAAUUGGUAUCAACUUUCGCAAUACUAUUAUUAUUAUACGAAAUUACGAGUAUAAUCGUGAUACUCAAAAAUAUUAAAUAUUUUAUUGUAUAAUUUAUUAGAUGUAUUGGAUAACAAUUAUUAAAUCAGACCAUGAAGUAUUUUGUUUUUAGCUCUUGGCAUGUAGUUAUUGGCUUAGAAAAAUUUAUUUUUAUCGAUUUUCACGAAGAUUUUUUUAUGAGCGAAACAAAAAAGGUUCCCGAGUCAUGAUUAGUUUACCUACGUCGUUCGACGAAAUAAAAUGUAGUCUGUUUAGAGUGUAAAUGUAUACGAAUUUGUUAAAUCUUUAAUGUCUAGCUAUUAUAGGUGGGUACCAAUUUCCAUGAUAUUAAAAAAAAUAAAAAAAAUAGAGUAAUUUACCACGAAACACAGAAUAAUAUAAUUUAGGAGCACACGUGCUCGCGGGCCACAGAUGUUUAUUUUUCCCCGAACAGCAAUAAAUAAUUCUUUCCUCAAAGUCAGUUUUCUCUCUCUAAAAAAUGAAGUGAAUAAGUUAAGGAGCCCGAUGCCAGCGUGUUUUUCGGUAAGGAAUAUGCCUUACGGGAAAAAUUCUCAGGCCCGAUUUUGAUGAUUAUUUUUACAUUUCGAAAGAGGGAGACUUUCUACAAGCUGCUAUGAACUUUGUUGUUUAAUAUUUCCAUCUUAUACUCUAUAGUACGUCAUUAAUAAAGUCAAUUUAGAACUUUUUUUCUACUUUUUAUACCAUUAUUUUAAAUAAAAUGAAAUAUCCGAGUCAAAUUUGGUUUGUAAAAUGUUGUUGUUUGCCAAUUAAAAAUUAUUGGAAAGUAUUAUUUUUACAAUGAAUUAUUUACGCGAAGUAAUUUUAGUCCAUAAAAAUGACUGUAUCACUAUUCAGUGGCGUAAAUUGGUUUAAAUUCCUGGUGGUGCAGAAAAAUCUUUUAAUUUUUAACUUACCAAUACUUUACCUUCCUUUGUAAAUUAUCACCUAAUAGACAAUUUAUUUUUCUGUAGGUAUACAAUAUUUUAUGAAAUAAAUAUAUAAUAAGUAUUGAAUUAUUUUAAUAGUAAAAACUUUAUUAUUAUAACGUUUGAAGAAAAAUUAUAGAUACUUGUUUAGGAAAAAAUAUAGACUUUUAAAAAUAAAGAUUGUAGGUAUAUACAUUUAAAUGAUUGCCUAGUGGUGUAAUAAUAUAUACUUGCAUCACCACAUUUAAGAUGUGCUGUAUUUGUGCCAACCAAUUUCCACAAGUCACUAUUCCCUCUAAAUGGGUGUUGGGCAGUAGAUUAAUGGGAAAGUCUCGUUUUGUUGUACUUAAGGGACCUAUAGUUAUAAAAAUGUUGAUGACAAUUUUAAAAUUUUAGAAAAUUGGAAAUAAGUUAUAAUGCAUUCAAAUACAAAUACAGAUCCAUAAUACAUUUAAAAAUUAGUGCCGACAUUAGGUUUAAAAAAAGUAUGGUAUUUUUUUAAAAAUAUUUGAUGAGAAAAUUAUAAAAUUAUUAUCAGGUGAUAUAAACCAUAAUAUUAUAUUAUAUGAAUUUGAAAAACUAAUACAAUUUAAUUACGCCACAUGUGUCCUACACACGGUAUUGUGAAAAAAAAAAAAUACAUUUUUAUAUUAUAUUAUACUAUUUUCUAGAGUCGUCUAAAGUGAACACGUUUGAAGAAUUAGUUCGUGGAACAAAAGGUGUCAAUGCACUUAACAAACAUUUAGUGUCAAAAUAUUUUUCAUUCACCGUAAAAGACUUGGUGACUUUUUGGUUGUACACGAGGUAAGAAGAAAAUAAAAACCAUUAUAAAAUAGUUUAGAAUUUUUUAAUAAUACGGUUUGACGAAAUUUGAGCGUUUUUUUUUUUUUAUAUAGACUGUAUUUUAAUUAAAAUAAUAAUAUUCACGUGCAGACUACUACUAUGCACUGUUUAUUAUAAUAUUAUUAUUGUGAAAUAUUGAAUAGGGUUUUGUAAGGCAACUUCGAUUAUUCUAUAAAUUACUCAUCUGUUUCUUUAACCAGCUAGUUGAAUUGUCAGUUGGGUUGUGACACAACAAAAAUAUCUUGAUUGUGAAAAAAGGUAUUAAAAUUAAUAUUUCAUUUCCAUAAGAUAAUAUAAAUAAAAACUUAUGCCUUUAUGCGUAAAUGCGUAGAUGCGUAAAUUGGUUUACUGUUUCUUGGUGUUCCCUAUGCCUCCAAAAUAUUGAUCUUUCUCAUAAACUCCAUGCAAUUUAUUGGAAUUUGUCGGUAGACAGUAAUAAGCAAAUCAAUAAAAACAAAUUAACGUGAUCAUAUCUAAAAAAAAAAAUAUAUUAAAUAAACAGAAAAAGUAUUUAAAUAUUAGGAUUUGAUUUUAAAUACUGAUACUUUGAAAAAGUACAUAAAAUUCGUAUUUGAGUAUUUAAAAAUAUAUAUGGAUACUUAUUAUACUCAACUACUUUCCAACACUGUUAAUUAGGCAUCUAUAUAAACAUCAAAUAAUUCAGCACCUUCGCUUACGUGAAUAGUGCUUGAAGGGAAAGAUAAAAACUUUCCUAUACUCCGUGUUGACUCGGUUAUACGCACUUAGAUAAAUGAGAUUAAAAGACUCAAUCUAAAUAAAAUCUAAAAAGUUUAUUGUUCAUUUAAUAGUUUUUUGUUUUUCAAAUUCUAUAAACAAUAUUGGAUGAAAUUAUGAAACAUAUUGUAUAUAUGCAAAAUAUUACUAAAAUAUUAUAUGCACUUUAUUGGUAAUAUUUUAUUCAUGUUUGCAGAAAUCAAUCUCAGUCGGGCUACGAGUUGGUGCCCGGCGAUCCGGGCACUUUGAUGUCGUCGGAUUUUAACGAGAGCAAACCGACAAAAAUCAUAAUACACGGUUGGCUGGGCAAUAGCAAAAGCUUACAAAGCAUCUGUUCGAAUUUAAAAUUCGGUGAGAUUAUAAAUAAUAAUCAGUAAUAUUUAUUUCACCAACAUUCGAAAUAAAAAUUAUUUCUACAUCGUUUCACGAAUCGCUAUUAUAAGUAUAUAUAAUAAUGCGGUAUAGCACUUUGACAUCUGACGAAUUAACGAUUUGUUGCGUAGGCUGCAGUGUUAUCAAUACGGAUCAUAUGUCUCGCGAUUGACACAAUAUCGUUUGAACCACAGAAAGAAAACAAAUUGUUAAAGUGAACUAUAAUAUUUUCCGUACGAUAUUCUAUAUAGUGGGUAGGAGAAAAAAAUUCGAAAUUUCAACCGACUCGGCAGAGAGCCUUUUGCGGCCAAGGACACACACCUUCCGGGCCCCUACACGGAUGCUGAGCUAGCGAUAUUCCUUCCGUCCCGGGCGUUCGUAUAAUAUUGUAAACCAACUCGUGAAAUAAAAAUAAAAAACAAAACACAUUCAACAGUCUUGCGUGAGAUAAUCCGCCAGUUCUUAAUGUCCGCCGCGCAAUUCGACACCAGUACACACGCCAACAAGACACCCUGUUUAAUGCGUUACACUGGUUCGUUUUAAUUAAACACGUCCGUAUAUAGAUUUUAUUAUGCCGGCGGUCAGAAUAUCAUUCAUUCAGAUUUAAGAGUGAAAACCGUUCCGUUCAAACUUCACGGUGUCAUCGUUCUGACGAACGAAAAUCCCAUAGGAAUAGUAUGAACAAAUCUACUUGCCGGGUAGACGGUGCGUAAAACUGACGUGUCUGUAUUAAUGAUGUGAUUUUUGGACAAAUCGAUUUUAUCGGAUCGGAAGGUCGAUGAGGAAUGAGGGACGCGUAUUAAUAACUGAUGAAUAAAAAUAUAUUCGAUUUUGAGUAAAUGUAACGAAUAAGAAGUUACUAAGUAGUUUUACAGAGAUGUGUUUUUUUCCUCGGAGCUCUGGUCUUUUAUGCCACACUUACUUUGGAACACGCGGAUUUUUUCGAACAUUUUUAUGUUUCGAAAUUCUCAAUACUUUUUCAAAUAAAUUGCUCCAUUUCAACAUUUUUUUUUUUUUGAAUAGGCAAAUGAUCUAAUUCUUUCACGUAGUUUCUCAAAAUAUGCGAAAUUUCCGUCUGGCAGUACUUUAUUUGAAAUAUUUAUCGACAUUUUCAGCAAUUCCCCUGUGGGGGGUAGGGAGAGGCUGGUCUUUUUUGUUUCUCUUUGAUAUUUAUUGAUUUCUGGGUUACUUCAUUAACAAAGGAAAAAAAAACAUAACUCCUCACAGAAUCGUUUUUUUUUCCAUUUGUAAUGAUUUAUUGUAACAUAUUCCUCUGUAUAAACUAAGUAACCCCAUGUAUCCUACCUUCCCAACUAACCAUCUACAAAUGGGUCUAUCCGAGAUUAGUAUCAGUUUUUAUUUUAUAUUUUUUAUUAAAUUUUUAGUUUAAAAUAAUACAAUACACUAGUGUCGAAUAUUUCACGUAUUUUCGAUUGCCAAUCCCAUGUGAGAUAACACUGAUAACAGUAGAAUUAUUAUAAUGGACGUUUUCGAGAAUAUGGAAACAAAACCGCGGUCUUUGCAUUAUCAUUAUUUGCAAAGAUAUAUAAUAUUUUUGUAAGUGCUUGUCAUUGUAAAAAUAUUAUGAAACUAUUAUAGCCUCUUUUCAGAUAAUAAUAUUUUAAACAAAAAAAAUGUUUUAUUACAUACAUUGUUAAGAUAUAUUUAUUCCAAAUCCGCAAUAAAUUGUAUAAAUUGUCUAAUAUAUUAUAAAAUAAUAUUUUAAACGAUUUCCUUAAAACGGUCGUGCAGCUCAAUAGUUUAAAAAAAAUCGAACAAAUUUCAUAAUCGACAUUUAUUUUAAAAAUGUAAUCUACGGUGGUGUAGCCAGCGUAAAGGCCUGAUAUAGGCCGGGAUUCUACCCGCUUUUCUUCAGAAAUUAUCAUAAUUUUAAAAUCAAAAAAAAAGGUAAGAUAAUGUGGACGGGUGCAGCCAUUGGUGUAGGUGAGAAGUUGGGAAGGUAGGAUAUGGACGGAAAUUUAAUGUAUAUCUGUGAGUCACGAUAAACCAUUGGUUACGAAAAAACGAUUCUGAGUGAAGUUCAGUUGAUAGUGAUGCUUUAUCAACAGUAUACAUACCAUUUAUAGUAAAAUAAUUAAAAAGACUUUAUAUAUUUUCUUUCAUAAAAUUUGUUUAAUAUUGUACAGAUUUUCCCAGUUUUUCUACUUUUUUCCUGGUUUUCCCAUGUUUUAUUCCAGGUUUUUACAUUUGCCGAGAAAACUAUUGGGAAAAUCAAAAAAUGACCUUUUUAAAAUACCUUCCUAGUAAAAUUUUCUCUCAUUAAAUGUUGGAGCAAAAUUGCUGGUAGUAAAGUUGUGCACAGAACAAAAAAAAAAAAAAACAUCUUUGUCAAACUAUAAGUUUCUUUGCUCCACUCAGAAUCUAAAAUAUGUAUUAGUAUAGUCUUUUCUAUUCAAACGUUUAUGUUAUUUUAUCUGGCUUACAUAGAAAAAUAUUUCUAGUUACGCCUUUGGUAAUGUGUUGUAUGAAUGCCGAAAUGAUUUUCAGUGUGUUAUUGAUUCAGAGGUAUUUCCGGCGUAUUGGAAUUCAAUGGUUUUAGAAUAUUACACGAAAACAUACGCAUUUUCGCAUUUACUCUUUGGUGCCCUACUUAUGCGGUUAAGACCAACCCACAUUUUGUUUUUUGUAUAAUCUACUUAAAUAUAAUAUAAUGUUUGUAUUGUGAAAUGUACACGUUGGUUACGUUAGAAGUACGGAAAGUAUAUUGUGUCACAAAAUAUAUAAUCACUAUAUAUGUACAGCAAAUAUUAAUGAUAAAAAAACGCUAUAACUUCGGGUGCAUCAUAAUAAUAAAUAAUACAAUAUAAAUAUCGAAAUAUCUUGUAUAUAAUAUUAUGUAUAUUUAAAUACUCAUAAUUUACAUUGUUUACAGAUAUAACAUUCUAAUGUAAAAUCGGGACGAUUAGACAUAGUAUUUUUUGUUAUUAUUUUUUUGUUUAUAUAUAAUGCUUACUUAUGCUUUAUCCGAGUACAGUUUUCUGGAUAUUCGUGUAUUUUUAUACUACAGAGUCUACGAUGAUAGUAGUACCUAUAUUUAUUCGUCGUAGAUUAAAUAUUGGUUUUUCGUAUCUGCACGGCAUAACAUAAUAUGUAAUAAUUAUUGCGUUAAAAUUAUUUUAAAUAACAUUUCAACACUGUUCUGCGCCGUUACCGAGCCGGGGCGCGACGAAGCGAGACGAGUGUCUAUACCACCGAAUUUAUCACUUUAUCUGUGAAAAAUAUGUACGCGUAAAAAAGUAAAACCGAUAAACUGGACAAUGCAAGUGGACAUACUUCGCACUUAAUUAGGCCGUAUAAUUAUUAUUCGACUCAGCCAAUGAUACGAAGGUGCACGAAUGCAAACCAAUAUAUUAUUUUAAAUUUUAACGCAACGCAUAUCGCUUUCGUGUUCUAAACGAUACAGGUAUGUCUCUGUAGGAGAAUUGAAAUUUAUAUUCUCGAUUGUACCUAGUAGUAUACACUUUAGAUUCUGAGUGAAGAAUUUAUUGGUUUUACAAAGAUGUUUAUUUUAUUUUUUAUUUUUAUGUGAACACUUUUUUUUUUAUCAGAAAGCUUACUCCGAUGCAUCUGAUAUAGACCAUUGAAAUUUUCUUGGGUUAGUACUUUGGGGAGGUCAUUUUUAGAUUUUCUCAGGAGUUUUCUCAUCUAAUGUGAAAAACCGGGAAAAUCAGGAAAAAACGACACAUUAAACAAAUAUUAUUAAAGAAAAUAUAUAUUGCAUAUUUAAUUAUUUUACCAUAAUAUUUCAUGUAUAUUGUUGACAAAGCAUCACUAUCAAUUGAAUUAGACUUAGAAUCGUUUUUCCAUUAGCAAUAGUUUAUGAUCAUCGUUGAUUACAUAUUACAGCUAAUAGAUACAUUAAAUUUCUAUCUCCCCAACUUCCCAUAUACAACAGUGGCUGCAUCCGUCCCCAUUAUCCUAAGACAACUUUUUUUCUUCAAGUUUUUUCGCAAUUUGUACCUGUAAUGACAAUUAAUUUAUGAUUUUGUUUUUAGUAAAAUACCGUCCGAUUACCCAUCCGUUAGUUAUUAUAGUUGCCUUCUUAACGUUGUUGCGCGCAUUAAUUCUCCGAAACACACGAGUGUGUUAAAAUGAACAUUAACGAUUAUCUCGUGCGACCCACGUGUUUUAUUGCCGUUCCAUUUAUGUUUUGUCGUUCGUUAUAUAUGCGCUCAUUCUACUGAUCUAUACGCAUACGCGGAAGUGACACGCUGUUGUAGAACCAUCAAGGAAAACUGUUAUAAACAAUAGUUCAACAACGUUACACAAUAAUAUAAUAAUAUCGGCGUACAGUUGUCGAGCAAUUAAACGAUUAACUGCAAUUAUAUUAUAACGUUCGAGUCGUUCCUAAAUACGGACACCUAGCCAUUAUUUUCAAUCGGUUAGUGGUACUUAGUAGUACAUAGCGGUCAUAGGUGAUAAUGACAUUAUUAUACUUGCCGGCUAAUCGAAACGAUAAAACUACUAGCCAGUUACAAUAAGAUAAUUUCUAUUUGUUCAAAAGACAAACGAUAUGAACGACUGCACACCAUAAAAUUUAAUAAAAUUAAAACCUCCAAAAGGACAGUACGUAUGUUGAUGGUGGAUUUCACGUCCAUCGAACAUAAGAAUAAUAUCGAAAUAGCAAACAAAAUAUAUUAUGCCGUUCACGUUGACAGAGCAUUAAGUCACGAAAAAGGUCUUACGACGACCGCAUGUUUCGCAUAGGUUUACGCGAACGAAAUAAACCCUGGUAUUUUGAAACUCGCUUUAAACAAAAAUAAAAAUUAAAAGGUUCUGAAAUUGACGACGGCGGUGCGAUUUAAAUGUUUUUACUGACAGGCGUAUACGGGCACGCGAAAUCGUCUACUAUGUAUACGAUUUUAGGUGCGUUUGCUGAAAAAGUACAUGGUCUACUAUAGUUAUAAUACUUUUUAUGUCUUGGCGGCCGAGACACUACAAAUUACAAAAACUACGACGCAUCUAAACAUGUCAAGAAGAAAUUGUCUAUACUCUAUACUAUAGCCAAAAUACACGGAAAGAACACAAAGAACACUAUAAGUGUCAGGACGCCAGUAUAUUUUGGAUCUAACAGAUAUAAACGGCCCAGAAACUAAAUUAUACAUUUUAUAACAAAUAGCAUUUCUGCUCUGUUUAAAAUUAAAAAAAUAAAAAAACCCGGGAUACCGUAGAAAAUAAAAAUGAAAUAUAUGUAGUGUUUAUCAUUAUUAUUCGUUUAGUAAAUUCUGUUCUUUCGAUAACACUUUAAUUAUAUGUUUCAAAGCAAUUUUAUUUUAGGUAAAAAUGAGAAUAUUUAAAAAAAUAAACAUUUUUAAUUUCGUUUAUAUUUGAAAUUUGUUUAUGAUUUAGAUAGGAUUAAUUCUGAUGGACCACAAAAUAUUUUACUUGACCGACGAUCUAAAUAUAAAUGUAUACACACAUACAGCUAGUGAAGCUGUCGUAUGACUCUUAUUUUGUUUUUCAAAUUAUCUGUUAAAAUAAGCAGUCAAAUACUAAUAUUAGAAAACGAUAACGAUUAAAAUAAAACCGAUUUUACGAUAUAUCAAAUUGUAAUCUAACCGAAGAACAUCGAUAAUAAUAGCAAUUGGUUUAGAUUCUAUGGUACCAUUAUUCUAAAGUUUAGAAUAAUGGUACCUAUGACUAAGGGACUAAGUAACUAAUCGAUUGUUGUGGUGCAUUUUUUUUUUUUUAGAAUAUUUUAAGUUGGGCAACUAUAACGUUAUAUGCAUUGACUGGACUUGGCUGGCGUUGGAUUUGGCGUAUUUCACGGCCCGAUAUCGGUGCAAAAAAAUCGGAAAUUACGUUGCCGAAUUGGUACUGAUGUUGACCAAACAUACGUCGCAAGAUACCGACGAUAUUCAUAUUAUCGGGUUUAGCAUGGGAGCUCACAUUGCAGGUUAUGCCGGUAAACGACUUAAUGGCCAAAUACAUAGGAUUACUGGUAUUUAUAACGAAUAAAUAUAAAUCUAUUUGUAUUUAAAAAUAGUGAUUAUAAUAAUAAUAGUUAUUAACACUUUCAUCGUUAAUAGAACGGUUUUUGAGAUUAGUAUAGCAAAGUAUGAAAAACUAAUAUCAAGAUAAACGAGUUUGGGAUUCGUCUAAGGCCCGUUCUCACCAACGUAAACGUUAAUUUUUAAACUGAAUUCACGGCUGAUAACCGACCACAAUUGGUCCAUUAUUUUAUAAACUCAGUUUAAGAUAAACGCCUUUUUUAUAUUGGUGAGAACGGCGCUAGGGGUCGAUUAAACUGAAUUUUAUACACAUUAAUUUUAAAUGUUUAAGAAAAACACGUGGGGUAUUUCUACAUCAAAUUUUGUAACUUUUACGAUGUAAGAUUCACCAGGCGUAGUGCAUGUAAAAUUACAAAAAAUUAGUUACUAAAUCAGCAGUAAACAAUUCAAUUAUAAACAAAAACAACAAUAGAUAUACUAUAUCGUAUAUGAAUAGAUUAAAAAUGUUAAAUACUUCUACCUGAUCAAAUAAUAUGUUUGUCUUUUUCAAGCGGAAGAUAGAAUAUUAAUUUAUUAUUAUAAUCAAGUUCACACAGAUCAAACUUAAAUUGUUGAAGUGCAUUUCAAUUAAAAAUAUUAACGAAAUAAAUUAAAGAAAAAACGAACUGUCAAAACGUGUCCAAUAAUAUUUACUUUGUUCUUCAUAUUAAUAUACUAUUUUCAUAAAAGAUUAAGUGUCACAGCUAAUUUGAACAUUAUUGACGAAACAAACAAAUAUAAAAAUAUAUUACGCAUAAUGUUGAGUAAUAUUUUAAUUGAUAAUAAUACGUACAAAUAUUAAACAAAUCAUGAAGUUACAUCCUUGGGCCCACGAAUGACUUCAGGACAAUCCCACGGGGUGGGGGGGGGUGAAAUAAAAAAUUAUAUGUGAAUGCCAUAGGUUGGUGAUUGAGAGAAUAGGGGGCUUAUCUUUUCAAAAUUAACUUAAUUCCCCUUGAAAUUUGUAUUCUGUAUGAUAAGUCGAUCAUUAUGUUGUUUGAACCGGUUUUCCAAAUUUCCUCUAGUUUUGUAAAAGUUUAAAAUUUUAAAAUUUUAUAAUGACUUCCUUAAAGAUAAGACUUUUCCAAUAAUCUAUUACCUAAUAUCCACUUUGGGGGAAGGUGUUUGAAAAUAACUGCAGGAGAAACCUUUAAUACCUCGUAAAACGCUCCAAUUUCAAUAUCUUUUUUAUUCAUAGGUACAAAACUUUUUAAUUGUAUCAUUGACCUCCAAUUUUUGAUAACAGUAUGUAGUGCACUAGUGUCAGUAAAAAAGGUUAAAAACAAUAACAAAAAUUUAAAUUUUUUAAAUGCUUAAUACAGUUUAUAAGAAUUUGAAUUUUGAAAAUUGGAAUUCACUUACAAAAAGUACAACUUAAAACUUACAAAAAAGCAUAUCAUCUUUAAAAUUUGCUUUUUUUAGAAGUAAAUAGUAUAUAAUAUAUAAAUUGGUAUAUCUACUUCCUUUAAGCGAAACUUGUGUUAGAAGUAGAGAGUUACAUAUUAUAAAUUAUAGGUUUAAUUAUACAUAAGUAGUUAUAUUAAAAUAUAAAAAAAAUUAAAUUAAAAUAAAAAAUUCAUCAAAAUCCAACUAUUAUACAAGGCGUCAGAGUUUUUCUCACAAGGCAAUUUUUACACAAAAUAUACGGCGUUUCUGGUCGUCAUCAAUUAUACCUAAACGAUUAUACAUCAAAUAUCUACCAAUGUUUAAAUCAUUCAAAAUGUAUUAGAGACCAAUUUUUUUUCUCAAAAUUACAACCAUAGAAUUUUAGAUAUUAGUUUAUCUUGUGAAAUUAUGAUGCACUGAGGGAGGGGGGAGUCGAUCAUCCCUUUUGACCCUCUAUUAGGACUUGCUUGAUCGUCCUUUAACAAUGAAAAAUAAUAUAUAUACGCUUGCGAGUCACAAAGUACAAUUCUUCGGUGACUUCAAAAUAUAAAAACUGCUGAAUAAUUAAUUAAUAACUUAUUUCCGUAAACCAAAUAAUGGAUACAAGAAAAUAAUAAUUACACAGGAAAUAACACAUUUUGUAGAAGGUUAAUUCCUACAUUUAUUUUGAUAGUUCAAUGAUUUUUAGUUAAUUAUGGAUAUAGUCACAUGGAACUAUUAAUUUCAUUGUAGUGCAUAUUUUUUUUGUAUUUUAACUACCAGGUGAUCAAUUUAGUUGAGUAUACUCAUUAUCUCGCAAAGUAUUAAAUAUUUCCGGAAUUUGUUUUCUAGAACAUUAUUUUUGGGAGUAAAACGACUACCUACUUUUAAUUUCCAAAUGGCACCCUAUAUUAAAAAAUCCUCAAAUAUAUUGAGUAUCAGUUAAAAUAAAUUAUAGUGUUGAAAUUUUUGAUUUCUGUCAAGCUGUUGACGAGAUAUACCACUUUUAGUUUUAGGUUGAAGGAGGGUAGUGGUGUAUUAUUAACACGCCGCGCGCCGUACCGCCACAUUAAUGAUUCUCCACUACUCUCCUCUAAACAAACUUAAAAGUGGAAUAUCUCGUUAACGGAUCGACGGAAAUCAAAAAUGUCAACACUAUAGCUUAUUUUAACUAAUAUUCCAUCUUUUAAUGGAAUUUUUAAUAUAAGUUGCCAUUUAAAAAUCAAAAGCAAGAAGUGGUUUUACAUCCAAAUAUAAGAGUGACAAAAAAUAACAUGAAUAUAAAAUUGUAGUGCAGCUUGUUUCUUAAAUGUUCUAGAAAACAAAUUCCGGAAUAAGUUAAUACUUUCUGAGAUAAUGAGUGUACGCACUCAAAUGGAUUACUUCGUAUAGGUAGUAAAUACACUUUACAUUGUUGCAAUCAAAUACAAGAAAUUGUAUGCGUUUUGAAAACGUUUAUAAUUGUACAUAAUUUAUUAUAUUUUAAUAUUUAUAAUUGGGUGUAUAUUUUAUUCGGUUUCGUCAGUGCUAAAUGCAAAACUUUUAAAUGGGUUUCUUGUACGUAGGUAGAUGAUAAAUGUGUUUUAAAGGAUAAUUGGAAAAAAAUUCUCGGGGAAAAAAGAACAACAAUUUUAAAAUUUAAAAUGUACUAAUUAUUUAUGAAAAUUAAAAAAAAAAAUUUAAUUAUUAUUGUUAACUAAAAAGACCUCCUAGGAUAAUGGGGACGAGUGCAGUGACUGUUAUAGGUAAUUUAAUGUAUAUCUGUAAGCAACGAUAAACCAUUGUUUACGAAAAAACGAUUCUGAGCUGAGUUUAAUUGAUAAUCAUGCUUUGUCAACAAUAUAUACCAUGUUAUAGUAAGUUAAUUAAGUAGGAUCUAUAUAUUUUCUUUAAUAAUAUUUGUUUAAUCUUGUACUGAUUUCCCCGGUUUUCCUACGUUUUUCCGGUUUUUCACAACUUUUUACAUUUUCUGAGAAAACUCAGGUAAAGUACUUCCUUAAUGAAAUUUCCUUUUAGACAAAUUGCUAUCAUUGAAAUUUUUAGCAAACUUACUGGUAGAAAAUUGUUCACAGGAAAAAAAGACCAUCAGAUUUUUAGUUAUUACCUACAUUUCUUACAUUUUCCUGUUUUUUUUUUUCGGUUUUUCUAAUUUGAUGAGAAUGUUGGUGUUUUAAUUGAAAAAUGUAUACAAAAAAAAAUAUUUUCAAAAAAGUUAAAACUUUUCAAAAUAAUGAGUGGUUGCUAUGUACCAUUCAUUCCUUUCAUUCAUUGAAAUUACCUAUAAAGACCUUUUCAGACUUUCAUGCUUUUAUUUGAUUGUACUAAAUGUAUAGUCUGUCAAAAGUCACUAAAAUUUCAAGUAUUCUAGUGUUAUAAUAUAAAUUUAAUAUCAUUUUUUUUUUUUUAUGUAACAAUCAAUCAUUAUAUUCAACAUUUUAAAAUUGUUCUUUUUUUCCGGGUGUGGGAAAGUUUUUUUUGUAUAUAUAUAUUUAUACAUAUUAUUUUUUCGGGUUAUGGACGACAGACAACUAGGUACUUCAUUCGACCGAUCGACUCGAUAAAGUACCUGAUUUUUGUAAUAGUAUUUUAUCAUAACGCUUUUUGAAUUUCAACAUUCUCAUCGGAUUCAAUUUAUUAUAGCACCGUGGAAUUAAUAUUAAUUUAGUAUUAUGUUUAAUCGAUAUUUGAAUAUCAUACGAUUUUUUUUUUUGGAAUAUUUACGUGUGACUCACGUUUAAGGUUUAGAUCCGGCUAAACCUUUGUUCAACAUUAAGUCACUGAACAAACGGCUCAACAAAAACGACGCAAAAUUCGUGGACAUAAUUCAUACGACGAGUUGGGUGUUGGGACAACACAAUCCAAUAGGAAACAUCGAUUUCUAUCCGAACGGCGGGAAUACAGAACAACCCGGUUGUGAAUACAAUAAUUACGGUGAUUUUAGGGAAAAUACAUUAUUAUUAUUAUUAUUAUUUGUUAUUUUUAAAUUCCAUUAUCAGAUUUUCCUAUAGGCGUUGUAUGAAAUUACUAGUUAUUUUACAAAAUGCCUACACAGUCAUACGCUAUAUAAAUAAUAUAGAUAUAUUGUUUUUCUUCAAAAUUGAAUUUACAAACAUUUAUUUUUUAUAAACAUUAUUUAUUGUUACGCGUGAGUGAAGAAGAAACUUAGAAUUCAAUUUUAAAUUAUUUUUUUAAAAAAUAUACUUUUUAGUAUUUGGUUCUUUUUCUCAAAAUUGUUGCUAUUUUCGUUAGUUUCUUUCAUUUAAUAUUUUUAAUGGUCUAUUUUCGAAAUAUUCCUCAGUAGUUUCUUCCAUAAUUUUGUUAGUUCCUCUUUAUUUUUAAUAUUUAUUAUUAGUUCUUUAGCUAAAUAUUUUGAUGUACAACCUAACUUUAGUUUCGGAUACUAAAGCAUCGUACGGUGUCAUUUUAGUAGCUGAAUGGUGUGCUCGAUUUUUCAUUUUUUGUGUAGGCCUUCAUUCCAAUAAGGGUAUUUUUCAUCAUCCAUCCAAGUAGAUAAUAACAUAUUUUAAAUAUCAUUGGUUUGCCCAUUCUACGCUAUUCUAACCGGGUAUAUCCGGUCCUAUGUCCGGUUAGACAAUAAACUGAAUUUCCAUUUCAUUUUUAGAUCCUGAACGGAGUGAGUUGUACAAUGAUGUUUAUUUAUUUAUUUUUUUGUGGAUAACUUUUCUACCAACAAUUCUGCUCUGAUUUUAAAGUAUAGUACUUUUUCUGAAAGUGGUACUCUAAGGAGGUCGAUUUUUGAUUUUCUAAGUGGUUUUCAUAAUAAUUGGGAAAACCGGCAAAAAUUGUAGGAAAACGGGAAAAUGUGCGGAAUGUAUUAUUUUCAAAUUGUAAAUUUAUGGUCUUUUAAAACACGUAUAAUUGAACUCCGCUCAGAAUCGUUAGUAAAGAUUAACCAUUGCACACAGAUAUACAUUAAAUUCCCGUAUAUUUCCUAUCUUCCUAACUUUUCACAUACAACAAUGACCCGUCCAUCAUGCGAAGUAUUUCCGUAUCUUUAUAUAUUUACAUUUCAACUCAAAAGUCGUUAAAACGAUAUAGGUACCUUAAAGGACAUUAUAACACUAAAAACAAGUUUGCUUAGAUUUGAAGUAUGUCAUUAUUUAAGAAAUUUGGUAUGGGUCUCACACUUAUACACUAAUUAUUCAAUGAGAUAUAGGCGUUUGAAAAUAUGCGUGUGAUGUCAUAGAGCCGAAAUCAGAACGAUGGCGUAUGUUUUACGUGCAAAAGUGUUUAGAUUAACACAACGAUUUCAAUCGUUAAAUAUAAUAUUUUUUAAAUUUUUUUUAUGUAACCUUAAGUGUUUUUUUCUGUUUAUAACACUGGUGUAAUUAUAAUUUUGAUAUUCUUUCUAGUUUUUUAAUGGUAGAUAAAACUAUUACAGUCAAUUUCGUACAAUUUGGUUUGUGCCACUGGGAUGUGUCAUGUGGCAAUACGACGCGAGUCGCAAACUCAAUAAUUUUACUAAACUAUAAUUUAUAAUAUGUAUGCAACAACAAGAUAUAUUAAACUUUAAAUCACACCAUUGUCUUAAGCAUAUAAAUAUACUUAGGAUUAUGAAAAAAAAAUUCGGAAGUAUUAUUUUAAGUUAUUAAAAUCAUUGUAUAAAUCAAAUUACUUUUACACGUAAAACAUAGACGGUUGCUCAGUCGUCGGCUCUAUGAUAUCACAUGUCUAUUCAUCAACUCUUAUUAUCUCGUUGAAUAAUCAAUGUUUUUAAUUUUGGAUUUUUACCAAAAAAUUUUUCAUUAUGUUCACUACAUUAAUACACCAAUAAACUUAAAAUUAAAAAAAAAAAAUUUAGUAUUGUGAUGUCCUUUAAUAAUAUUAAGGUAUUAUAUUAUAAUAUAAUACAUUGCAUAGUUUACUUUGGACAUUGUUCAUAAAACCUGUAGUCAAUAUGAUAAUUAUAAUGUUUAUUGUCUUCCGUUUUUUGGCAUUAUGAAUAAUGUCGGAUUAUUCAUAAUCCCGGUAACACAUACAAGCUAUAAACACAUUGUGUUCGUUUCAGUCAGAUUUCCGUCUGAUAUCUAGUGCAUCGCAGUUUUAUUUUUCAGUGCAUGGGGAAGUUUGCAGUCAUCAUAAAGCUUUUCAGUUGUACGCGCGUUCCAUUCGGUCCAAAGACGAAUUCGUAUCGAUCAAAUGUGACGGAUGGACAAAAUUCGAAGAGUCCAAGUGCAACGACAAUCCAGACGACUAUACUUAUUUAGGCGAAUACGCGAAUUCUAGGUAAGAAUGUUUUAACGUGUAUUUAUAACAGAACGUUUCUUAUUUGAGCUUUUUUGGGGAGGUUUAAAGUUCCCAAUGGAAAAUUAGUUUAAACAUUUUUAUCUUUACGCUCGGUAUAUCCGAAAAAACCUGGUAGGAAUUGACUAACAACUAAUUACUACCUUUCCUGGAGGAAAAAAAUAAUUAUGACAGAAUUGAAUAACACAUAAAUUUAAAAAUAAGCAAAAAUAAAAACAUAUACGGCUUCUUCAAAAUUAGUUUUUUUUCCUUCAAGAAGGGUAGUUGGUUGUUAGCAAAUUCUUACAGGCUUAGAUUUUUUGGAUGUACUGAAUAUAGAGAGAAAUUAAACAUUGUAAAAACACGUGUAUUUUAAAUGGAAAAAUUCAACAUUCAUGGGGCGCCAUUAAGUGUCAAAAUAAAAUUCUGAACAAAUUACAGAAUUUUUAGUUUUUUUACUUAAGAACUUGAUCCAAAACUAGGUAACGCUUUAAUAAAAAAAAAUGAGUAUAAUUAAAACUCAUCAAAUCAUUUCCAAAUUGUUAUUUUUUAAUUUAUUCAAAAUUAAUAUUUUUUUAUUUUUAUUUUCAACAGUCUUUCGGGUAGUUAUUAUCUAUCGGUUUUCUAAGCGGUUUCAAAAUGCAUCAAUUUAUUUACGACCGCAAAAUAUCGAUGCCUAUAUUAUAUUAUUAUCUUUAUUUCGUAUUUUUAUAUAAAUGCAUAUGCAUAUUUAUUUAUUAGUUAAUUUAUUUUUAUAUAUAUAUAUAUAUAUAUAUUAUUGAAUAAUUUUAAUAGUGUAUUAUAUUAUAUUUCAUUUGAUACAAUAUGUUUAGAUUUUAGGAUGUUCGUCAACUCGAUAAAAUGGUAAUAUAACAUUUUAUUAUAUUGCUGUCGUUUUGUUUAUGUGUAUUUAUAAAUAUAUAUAUUAGCUGUAACGAAUGUAACAAGAAAAACUGACAUCCGAAUUAAUUUUUUUCUGUUAAAUAUUUUCGAGUGUUAGAUUUUGAGUGGAGCGAUUAUGGUUUUACAAAGAUGUUUAAUUUUUUUUUUUUUGUUCUGUAGACAACUUUUCUACCAGAGAUUUUGAUCCGAUUUUCAUAUGUAGCACAUUUUCUGAAAGAAAAUUGGUGUGGAAAGGUACUCUAAGGUGGUCAUUUUUCGAUUUUUUUCAAGAGUUUUCUUAUCAAAUAUGAAAAACCGAAAAAAAAGUGGGAUAAUGUACGAAAUAUAUUUGUAUAACGUAUAAAUUUUUUCUGUGGACAAAUUUUCUACCAGCAAUUUUGUUCCAAAUUUUAAUGAUACCAAUGUUUCUAAAAAGAAAUUUCACUAGAGAAGUACUUUAGAGAGAUCAUUUUUCGAUUUUAUCAGCAAAUGUGAAUAACCUGGGAAAAACAUAAGAAAAUCAGUAUAACAUUAAAUAAAUAUUAUUAAAGAAAAUAUAUAAAGUCUUUUUAGUUAUUUUACUAUAAAACGACAUGUUUAUUGUUGACAAAGCUUCACUAUCUACUGAACUUUGUUCAGAAUCGUUUUUUCGUAAGCAAUGUUUAAUCGUUACUUACAGGUGUACAUUAAAUUACCUAUAACAGUGACUGCAUCCGUUCCCAUUAUCCUAGGACGUUUUUUUUUAGUUAACAAUAAUAAUUAAAAUCAUUUUUUGUUAUUGACAAUUGGUGAAUUGAUUAAUAUUAUGGUGACAAUGAAAACGAUAAAUUUCAAUUAUCUUCAAACAAUUGUAGAAAACUAACGAAUCGUCAUUAGUAAACAUAAUACGUAACACCAACAUUUUGCCUAAAAAUAUGUCUGUAAAACGUUUAAUACAGGAUUUUACAAAAACGGAAUUUGUAUUAAUAGUCUGUAUGUAAAAUAUAAUUUGCAAACGUAGACGAAUUAUACGAGGCUGCACUACUUAUAAUGAAGUAUCGAAAUGUAAAAAUAUAAUAUGUUCGUCGCGGACGUGACUCGAACAAUUAUUGUUAGAUAACGUUCGCUUUUCGUAGGAAUAACGUGGUUAACAUUACAAGUAUUAGGACUAUACUAAUAUUUUAGAUUCUAAGUGUAGAACUAAGAAGCUAUUAUAUUUUUAUAUAAAGAUGUAUGUGUGUGUGUGCGUGUGUUAAUCACUUCAUUUCCUAAGAAAAGACAUUUUCACUAGGUACUUUAAAAGACGCGGGUUUUUGCCUGAUGAUACCAUCAGGUACUUUGUAUGAAACAUUUUACGAAAUUCUCAAUAAUUUUUCUAAAAAAAAAUAAAUAAAUAAAUAAACAAUAAAGUGACGAUACGUCGAUUCUACUGUUGUUGAUUUCUGGGUUACUCUUGUUCCACAGGAAAGAACUUGAAUUUAAACAAAAUACCACCGGACAGUAA